AGCGUCGCGGUGUUCUUGCUGAGCUACUCGGUGCCCUCCUGCGGGCGCUCGGUGGAGGGGCUCGGCCGCCGGCUCAAAAGAGCUGUGUCUGAACAUCAGCUCCUCCAUGAUAAAGGGAAGUCUAUCCAGGAUUUACGCCGCCGAUUCUUUCUUCACCACCUGAUCGCAGAAAUCCACACUGCCGAAAUCAGAGCUACCUCGGAGGUCUCCCCUAACUCAAAGCCCUCUCCCAACACGAAGAACCACCCGGUUCGAUUCGGGUCUGAUGAUGAGGGCAGAUACCUGACUCAGGAAACCAACAAGGUGGAGACAUACAAAGAGCAGCCGCUCAAGACGCCCGGGAAGAAAAAGAAAGGCAAGCCUGGGAAACGCAAGGAGCAGGAAAAGAAAAAACGGCGAACUCGGUCCGCCUGGUUAAACUCUGGAGUGGCUGGGAGCGGGCUAGAUGGGGACCACCUGGCCGACAUCUUCACAACGACGCUGGAGCCCGAUUUACGGAGGCAUUGAAAUUUUCAGCAGAGAACUUCCAAGGACAUAUUGCAGGAUUCUGUAAUAGUGAACAUAUGGAAAGUAUUAGAAAUAUUUAUUAUCUGUAAAUACUGUAAAUGCAUUGGAAUAAAACCGUCUCCCCCAUUUGCUCUAUGAAACUGCACAUUGGUCAUUGUGAAUAUUUUCUUUUUUUUUUUUUUGCCGAGGCUAAUCCAAUUAUUAUUAUCACACUUACCAUAAUUUAUUUCAUCAACUGAUGUAUUUAUUUUGUAAAUGUAUCUUGGUGCUGCUGAAUUUCUAUAUUUUUUGUAACAUAAUGCACUUUAGAUAUACAUAUCAAGUAUGUUGAUAAAUGACACAAGAAAGUGUCUCUAUUUUGUGGUUGAUUUUAAUGAAUGCCUAAAUAUAAUUAUCCAAACUUAACUUUUCUCUAUGCAUGUAAAAAUAGCAGUAUUUUAAAUUUGUAAAGAAUGUCUAA